GAGCCGCGGCGGCGGCGGGAGCGCAGGCGGUCUCUGCCGCUGGUUCUUCCUCCCCCCCGUGCCCGCCGUGCCGCCCUGUGCGGGGAGCAGAACCCGCGGCGGCCUGGCCGCGGCUCCAGCUCCAUCUCUGUCCCUGUCAGGACGAGGUGGUGCAAGGGAGAGAAGGCCAAGCCAGUCCCUACGUCUGCCUCACAGCUUUUACGGUCUCCCCCGUGUGUACUCAGGGCAGAGAAGAAGGGACACUGGUGUGAGGGUGGUGAGGCCCUGGAACAAGUUACCCAGGGAGGCUGUGGGUGCCCCAAUCCUGGCAGUGUUCAAAGCUUUGAGAAACCUGGUCUAGAAGGAUGCAUCCCUGCCCAUGGCACGGGGUUGGGACUGGUUGAUCUUUAAGGUCUAUUCAAAGCCUUAAGGUCCGUGAUUCUAAGACGCUCUCCAGAGGUUAUUCCUGUUAUCGUUGCUGUUUGCAGCGAGUGCCCGGGGGUGUGCGGGGUGUCGGUGGGAGGUUUGGUGCUGGCUGUCCCUUGCAGAGGUGGGAUGGGACAGCCGCGGGACAUGCCAGUGCCUGGAUAUGUUGGUGCUUUCGGGCGCGUUUGGCAAGUGCUGGAGCUCUUAAAUCUCACCGUACGGCCUUCUGAAUGUAUUUUUUUUUCUUCCCUGGAUGUUUAUGUGAAUGCUGAAUCCUUAUACUUUUGCUGUGGCGUGUCUGUGGCACAAAACCAAGCCAUAAGUCAGUAACGGAGAUCUCGGCUUAUCCCUGAUCGUGGCGCUCCCUCUGCCGACAGCCGCCGCUCUGCUCUGCCCACCCGCCUGAUGCUUCAGUUCUCAGAGGCGGCUUCUACAGCAGACAAACUUUUUGCAUUGCAUUAAAGCUUUACAUUAACCUCUGUAGUAGCUUCAGGCCAGUUUUGUGAAGUGCGUGUAACCUCAGCUCGUAUUGCAAGGGGAAACUGUUUUCAGUGUGUAACUUCAGGAGGUGCUUUUUAAAAAUACUUGUUGUAAAACUAGGUGGUAACAGUAACAAAUUUAACAGUGGAUUAAUCCUUUUUCAUCUGUAGUUGUACUGGCCUUUCUAAAGGAGGUGUGAGAUCCCAGAAAAUGAAGUUUCCUACUUCUAUACAAAAGAGAAGAUGGAAGGAUUGUUGCUAGGUCAUGAUGAUAAAAGAAUGGAAUAGGACAGACAGCUGCAGUUGGAUUGUCCAGCUGUACUGUUAGGAGGAUUUUUGGCAAAGAAGAGAAGAUACCUCUAAAAUACAGAACACCAGUAUGGAAGCUAAAACCAGUGAAGAUUAUUUGAAAGUCCAGAAAAUGAAGAAGAAAGUAUUGAGGAAGCAAGUCAGAGCUCAGCAUACGUUGAUGAGACACGAGGGCAUAAAGUGUGUCUCCCAUGCAACACAGAGCCUGGUUGUUGCCAAUGCUGGUCUUGGUAAUGGGAUGAGUAGACAGCAAUUGCUCAGAAUACUAGAAGAAUAUGGAGCAAUGGAAACACUCUUAAUGCCACCAAAUAAACCAUACUCAUUUGUGAAAUACAGAACAACAGAAGAAGCCAAGAAAGCCUUUAAUGCCCUUAAUGGAAAGGAAGUAACAUUGGAAGACUGUGACCAAAACAUUGUUCUAUAUAUUAAUUUUGUGGAAAAAGUUUCCUUGCAAAAUGCUGUUCCUACAAGCUUGCCUCCAGGCUUAAUGGUAAUUGAAAAGAUUAUUUCUCCAGAGGAAGAAAGGAGGAUGUUGGAAAGUAUUGACUGGAAAGCAGAUGAAGAUACUCAGAAUGCCCAGAAGACCUUAAAGCAUAGAAGAGUAAAGCAUUUUGGAUAUGAGUUUCGCUAUGAUAAUAAUAAUGUUGAUAAAGACAAACCAUUACCUGGAGGUCUUCCUGAAAUUUGCAACCCAUUCUUGGAGAAGUGCUUAAAGCAGGGAUAUAUCAAACAUAAACCUGAUCAACUGACUGUAAAUCAGUAUGAACCUGGACAAGGAAUUCCUCCUCAUACUGAUACACAUUCUGCUUUUGAAGAUGAAAUAAUCUCUCUCAGUUUGGGAGCUGAGAUUGUGAUGGAUUUCAAGCACCCUGAUGGCCAUACAGUGGCAAUUAUGUUGCCCCGAUGCAGUUUAUUGGUGAUGACUGGAGAAUCCAGAUACCUGUGGACACAUGGGAUCACACCCAGAAAAUAUGAUGUUGUUCAAGCAUCAGAACUUGGGCAAAAGGUUAGAACAAUCACUGCUGAUGUUGGGGAUUUAACAUUAAAUCGAAGGGAAACAAGGACAUCAUUUACAUUCAGGAAAGUGAGGAGAAGCCCUUGCAAUUGCAUUUACCCAUCUGUCUGUGACAGCCAGAAAGGACAGCAGAGACCAGUGCAGCCCUCAUUUCCCCAGAAUGAGAUGGAGGCCUCAAAGCUGGAGCAAGAAUAUGUACACAAGGUGUAUGAAGAGAUUGCCACACACUUCAGCAGUACCAGGCACAGCCCAUGGCCCCGAAUUGUGGAGUUUCUCAGGUCCCUGCCAACAGGGUCAAUAGUGGCUGAUAUUGGUUGUGGCAAUGGGAAGUACCUCGGCAUCAAUGAGGAUUUGUACAUGGUUGGCUGUGAUCGCAGCAAAAACCUGGUGGAUAUUUGUGGAGAAAAGCAUUUCCAGGCGUUUGUCUGUGAUGCCCUGUCAGUGCCAAUCCGCAGCGGUUCCUGUGACGCCUGCAUCUCUAUUGCUGUCAUCCACCACUUCUCCACAGCAGAGCGGAGACUGGCUACUAUCCGGGAACUAGCUCGGCUUCUAAGACCUGGUGGAACAGCACUCAUUUAUGUCUGGGCGAUGGAACAAGAAUACAAAAACCAGAAGUCUAAAUACCUUAAGGAAAAGAAUGGUAGUAAAAACAAAGACAGGGAAAUGAAUACUGACACAGCCCAGAGACCACUUAAUGACCAAGGGCCUGAUAACAGCAGCCAAGACUCAGCAUGGUCUGACCAGCUCCUUAAUGACUUGAAGGAUGAAAGCUGUGGUGCCAAGCUAGUAACAGAUUUCAGACUGCCUGUUCACACUAACAGAACUUCCUUUCACUCUCAAGAUUUGCUGGUUCCCUGGCACCUGAAAGGUGGUACAAAAAAGAAAGAGGAAAGUGUUGAUACAGUGGUGGUUCCAGGUGGCUCCAAAGAAUUGCAAGAACUCAGCCCUGUUUUCCACCGCUAUUACCAUGUGUUCUGUGAAGGGGAACUGGAAGCAGUGUGCAGAUCCCUGGAUUGUGUGAGGGUUCAAAAGAGUUACUAUGAUCAGGGAAACUGGUGUGUGAUUCUAGAAAAGUUGUAGUCUGUGUUGCUUCCUCUACUAUCUGUAGAGUUUUCUUUGGUUUUUUACAGUGAAAGAUAUUUUGUGAAAGGUAUUUUUAAUGCAGGCUGCAGCUAUUGCCUCUUUUAAAAUGACAGAAUAAAGAUUGUGCAUUGAGGUAAUAACA